GAAGCCUCGGUCGUGUGUACGCAGCGUAAACGUCAAACGUUUGUUUUCUUCUGCGGGUCACAUGGCAAAUUUCUAGCUUCGCUACGCGGAUGUCGCGAUACAGAAAUCGCUCGUAACAAUGUGUCUCGUAUCGUUUGUCAUAUUUAAUAAGUGUGAAUUUUAAUUGUAAAAAUUGGAGCUCUAUUGACCGCAACGAUCGUGGAAUACACGUUGCCGCAGUUGUCCAAGUGUACAUAUGUUAGUCAAUAGCGUUAGUAUUUGCAUAAAAUCGAUUAAUGAACCUAAACUGGCACACACCGCGAUUGAAUUUCUUAUCGGAAAAAUACCUAUCAAAAGUUACGUGUAACGGAAUAAAUUGUAUAAUAAAAAAAAGUGGAGCGAGCAAAACAAAAAAGAUAUGUACUGAGUUGCGUUCAUGAAGAAUCAAAUGGCUGAUAAAAAUAUCGAAGUAAUCCAUCAGUUUCUUUUGGACCAUAAUUUUGAUAAUACUGCUAAAGCUUUAAUUCAAGAAGCUUCAAAAAUGGGUUUUCAAAACUUGAAAUCCAAAUUGGGAACUAUAACAGAUCCUUAUGUUCAACUAAUACUGUGUUACAAUAGCGGAGAUUAUUCCACAUUUUUCCAAUUGUGGAAUGAUUUGUUCUUUACUGACAAUAUUAAACAAUGUGAAGAAUACAAAAAAUUAACAUUUUACUUACAUGUACAUUUUGCUGUACUGCCUAAACGUAAAUUAUAUGCCGAUCGAUGUAAAGUAGAUGAUCUGACAUCAGAAAUAAAUAUACUAAGAUUACCUUCAAUAGAAAGAGAUCCUGUUUUAGAAAAAGACAAGGAGAACAAUGCCACUGAAAUCGAAAAAAAUAUAAACGACAGCAUGAAGCAGUUGCAAGAUUAUUUGGGUGGGGAUGGCAAGGAAUUAGAACAUGAUAUAGAAUUACAGCCGUUUUAUGUACUUCCAUUUACAAAAGAUCUUCACAUAAAUACUUUUUUUUCCAAAGUGUUAGAGCAACAUUGGUCGGAUGAGCUAUCAAAGAAUUUAGAUUUUUUUAUUAUUCGUCACAGACAAGAUUUAAUCAAUUCAGAUAAUUUAAACUUUAAAAAAGAGCAAAAUCAAAUACAAGAUUGCAAAAUCACACCAACAACAAAAACAAUAACUGUGGAUUCAGAUGUUGCACAAAAUAAAACUAUAAAAAAUAAUAUACCGAUUGUGCCAAACGAUAGGGAUAUACCUAUGUUUCUAGAGGACCAUGAUGACGAAGAACAAUAUAAUUUUUCUAACAAAACAAAUCAAAGAUCCAAGAGUACACAAACACAUAUUACUGGAAAUCAAAUUACACUUAAUAAUUCGCGAGGAGAUAUAUUGACUCCGGAAGAGAAUGCUAACAGUUUGUUGAAAAUGCACAAGUCAGAUAAAAAAUUGAUUCAAUAUAAUUGGGAGUUAGCAUUAGCCAAGUCUCAUUUAUGCGAUAUUCAUACAAAUUAUGAAAAAUUAAAAGUGAGAUUUCACAAGUUACAUACGGAUUAUCAUAAACUGAUAGAUGUCGCAGGGGAAUUAACGGUGGCUUUGGAAAAUUCGGUGAAAGGGAAAGAUGUUGACAUACAACGAACACUUGAAGUGUGCAUGAAGAUAUUUCCAGAUUUAUUUAAUCAAAAUAUAAGAGAGACUCCCUAUCCAUCCUUAUUACAACUCGAUCGUAUCGAUGUAAAAGCAAUCACACUGCCUAAACCUGACGUCACAACAGAGCCGAUAUCUCCCAAAUUAUUGGAUUACAAAAAGAUCAAAUUGCAUUUAAUUAAUGGAGAUGUGAAGACGAAGCUGUUAUUGUUACAAGCAUUGCGUUGGAAAAUAACGCUCGUGCAAUCGACAGAACAGGAUGAGGUAUUGCACGAAUAUGUAAGUCGCGAUUUAUUAGGGCUUCACGGACAAAUUGCAACCGACAGUGGCAAGUCAAUUCUACCGUGUCUGCUGAUUGCAGGAGAAGCUUAUGCCAGGCAUCUUUUGCAACAAUUCACUGCACGACUGCUAAACACCCUGGCAUCUUUUAGAUGCGGAAGAGAUUAUCUGUCGGUCGGAUCUGCUGUCGUAAACGUGACUUUUGCUUGUCUCGAUAACAAUUACGCUGACGGAGUGGAUCCUUUCGCAUGUGACAUGAUGGUAGCGAUGUUACAAAAACUAUCUUUACGUAGACAACAACGAAUAUACAUGAUAGAGAAUGGAUUGUUGGAAUGGUUGAUCAAUCAUCUAUACAAUAAAUGUCGCGUUAUAAGUUUAUACAGACUCGAAUACGCUACCGCACUUUUAAUGAAUCUGUCGUUGCAUCGGUUAGCGCAAGCGAGAGCGUCCAAAAUAUCUUCGUUACUCGUUUCUACUUUACUCAUCCUUCUCUCAAUAAAUCAUACAUCCUCACUAUCGUAUAUCAAUGGAGCAUUGAAUAAUUUUUUAAACAAUCCUAUAAUCAAUGAAGAAGCAAGAAAAAUUAAGCAUUCGAACAUAUCGGAAUAUCUUGGUAAUAAUCAAAAAACUGUGGAAAUAAGAAAACACCUAGAUCAUGUAUUGAGAAUACAAAGAACACAUGAAAAUAUUAACACACCGCAAAAUGAAGAGACGGGGGAUGAUGAUAAUGAAGACUUGGAUGUAUUGGAAAGUGAAUUAGAUGAAAAUGAUCCAUUGCAAAAUUACAUCGGUGAAUUGAACGGAGAAACGUUGCUUGCAAUGUGUUACAGCAUUUCUUCCAAGGUUCCUCAAAACGCUGUAAACACGGAUACGAUUCUACAGCAAAUAUCCACAUUGAAUCCUAUCAAUUUUUAUGAUAAUCAACAUAAUAAUCACGUCUGCAAUAAACAUCCCUCAUAUCCUAUGUUAAGGGAUAGUAGUGAAACUACAGUGAUGUCUCUUACGUCUCUUAGUCGUGAAAAUGGCCAAGCAGAAGUGGAGAAAUUCAGUAGCAUAGCAUCGUUGAAUAGUAAUAAAUAUAAUAGCAAUACAAUUAACGAUGCUUCAUGGAAAAAUGAUCCGAAACUUAUUAAAGAAGAAGAAGAGGCAUUCUUGGCUAAGCCUAAAUUGUCAAGGACACCUCCGUGAACAUUGUAUCGAAAAUUCUAAAUAUUAAAAUAUGAAUUUAAUUAUAUAGAAGUUGUGGAA